UAGUCUGAAUAGCAACGUACUACGUCUGGGAAUAUUCGUGCAUGGUAGAGAACGCGCCUCAGAGCUCAUCAGUUUUGAAUACAAUUUGUUUUGAGGGUUUACCAAGACGUAUUCAUUUUAUGUAAAUUCUUUAUUAAAUGCGGGGUUUUCUGAGGUGGUGGAGCCGCACUGCACAAAUCCAACGAGUUUCAAUUCAACAGUAGCCUAACGACCCGACUGCUAUUCAUGGAUGGUCUUCUAAGGGCCACACUUCAAGGCUUUGUUUACUGUGGUCAUAACUCCAUCCAAGGCUUCUGUGUGCCUUAUCAUCUGUACAGCCUAUUACUGUGACACGAGCCUGGCCCGCCAGACUGAUAACAAGAGGCAAGGACGAGCUAGUGAAUAACCACAGCCUGUGUAACCAAGGUGUCAAGCAGGUCCCCUGUGUGUGAUGCCCUCUUGCUAGCAGGUCCCCUCUCAGUGUGUGAUGCAUCAUGGCUCCGGUGCUCAGUGCCUUGUUAGUGCCGGGGGUCGCGGGGUCAGGGGUCGCCAUGGCGACAUCGUUAGGCAGCGAGCCGCUGGUCCUAGUGGUCACCCUGAUGGCCAUCUCUGCCAUCGUGCUGCUCUCACUGCUACUGCAGCUGUGUGCCAGCUGCCAGGGGCAAAAUAAAUCCAAUGGGCGCCCAGGAGACCAUGAGAACCUCAUGAAUGGAGUGUCUGAGAGAGAGACGUUUACCGGAAGUCAAUCUGUGGACAGCCCAGGGACUGACCUAGUGGUGAGCAGUUCACACAACGGCCCACUAACCAGUGGUACAGUGUUGACAGACACCCAGGACAGCAGUCCCCAGCCCUCUGAGGAGAUGCUGUCCAGCCAGUCAGAGCUGCGGAGCUCCAAGUGUCCCCAGGACCGCGAGCUGCCCAGCAUCCCACCCAACAGCGCCCUGGAGGGGAUGGGAUCCUCCAGCGAACCCCCUCUACCUGUCUCUGGAGACGGCACCUAUGAGGUGGUGAAGGAGAGAGGCGGCAUCUUAACGGCGUCCCGUGACGUGAGCGUUGAAGACUCCCUCUAUGAGACGGUGAAAGAGCUGAAGGACCAUCCAGGGAGCCUGGCUGUAGGUAUACCCAACGGACCCGGUACUACGUCCCCCUUCAGCCCCGAUGACGACCCUCACCACCUCCACAACCACCUACCCCCUUCCCACCACCGUCCAGCCCUCCACAAUGGCCACCUCAGCCCCUGCAGCACCCCGGAGCGGGGGCCCCUGUGCGCGGGAGUGGAGUACGCCUCGGUGGAUCUGAACAAGAAGAGCCGUUACAGUGCAGACCUGGAGGCCAGGCGCUCAGCCACCAUCGCUGCUGCUGUGGGCCCCACAGAGGAGCCCGAGGAGGAGGACAGACCCCCGCCUGUACCUGACAAGGUGCUGGAUGAGAACGACAACCAGCCUACCAUGAUGGACGCAGGAGGGGUGGUGGUAAUGGGGGCAGCACUUCACAACGGAGAGUUGCUCUCUCCCUCACCGGGGCUUCACAACCAUGUGCUGUCGGAGAACGAGCUGUCAGACAUGUACUCCACAGUGAGGAAGACACACCUAGACGUGGAGGAAAAGGAGAGUGACUACAGCAGCAUCGCUGAGAUCAAAGGUCUGGUCCCUGAGUCGUCCUCCAGUGAUCUCUACGCUACUGUCAGGGACAUCUACCCCCAGCUUGGAGAGGGGGAGUCGGACCCUCAGGGACCCCCUGGGGACCUCCAGGAGUCCCCUGCAGAGAGCAUCGACCCGGGCUAUGAGAACGUCUGCCUCACUAAGACUGGUAGUGGAGAGGACUUGGGGCUGAGGAACCAGGUUCAGGAGCCAGACUAUGAGAGUGUAGGUGAGCUGGGCCUGGGGUUGAACAGGGAGAGUUCCCGUCUCUAACUGGGGAGUAAAGCUACAGUGCGGGGCCUAAACCUGAGCCUCACCCUCAACCCCAGCCAUUAGCCUAACUAAUAGCCUCACCCUCAAACCCAGCCAUUAGCCUAACUAAUAGCCUCACCCUCAACCCCAGCCAUUAGCCUAACUAAUAGCCUCACCCUCAACCCCAGCCAUUAGCCUAACUAAUAGCCUCACCCUCAACCCCAGCCAUUAGCCUAACUAAUAGCCUCACCCUCAAACCCAGCCAUUAGCCUAACUAAUAGCCUCACCCUCAACCCCAGCCAUUAGCCUAACUAAUAGCCUCACCCUCAACCCCAGCCAUUAGCCUAACUAAUAUCCUCACCCUCAAACCCAGCCAUUAGCCUAACUAAUAGCCUCACCCUCAACCCCAGCCAUUAGCCUAACUCCUAGCUUUACCCUCAACCGCAGCCAUUAGCCUAACUCCUAGCCUCAGACUCAACCCCAGCCAUUAGCCUAACUCCUGGCCUCACACUCAACGCUAACCAUUAGCCUAACUCCUAGCCUCAACUUUACCCAGCAGCCCUGAUGACAGGAACACCUCAGGGCUCUGAACUUCAACCUUCAAACCUACUGCCCAUCACCAAUUCAGGGUUUCCGCCCACUACCCCUCAGUGCAGUUUGGGUGUGCACACAGCCCAGUGAUAUCUGAUUGAAUUAUCUAUAAUCUUAACUCUCCAUCAAUUCAUGGUGCCCUUAAAUUACAAUGUACGUACUCGGGGUGCUAUUAUAUCAGUAUCUGAACUAUGAAAUCAUCGUCCGUUUUGAAGUUAUUGGCGUCCGUCCACUUUGAUGUCGCUUCUCACUCUUUAUCAUGGUGCACAUCACUGAAGAUUGAAGGUUAGCUACAUUAUCAUGCGACUGCUAUCAAUGUGGGAAGGAAGUACAAUAUUUCUACAUUAUCCAUCACCAUCAUAAUUACUUCCUCAGACUAUAAAAUAGUACAUUUCUAAACAUUUAUAACCAGUCAUUACGAAUUCAGUUUAUUUUAUAAGGCUGGUGACAAGCUGACUGGCCAGUGACACUUUGUCAGUGCCUUGUGAUUGAAAACCAAUGAGUCUUUGUGCCAUAAUGGCGUUCUAUAAGGCACUUAUAAAGGUAUGAGGAGAAUGUUUCCCCACAAUGUAAUGUCACUUUUGAUAUCAUCUGUUCUCCCUUCCUAGUGCAACAUUUCAUUCAGAACAUCAUGAUAAAUCAGAGAUAUGAUAGAUAUGUGUACUUACAUACUAUUGUGAAAUAAGUAGCCUCAAGUCAGGCAGUGUAGACGGCUGAACUCUAAAUGGAACGGCUUGUUAUAGUUUCUAAAACAUUUUUUAUUUGAUUUACAUGUCAGCCUUUUAUUUUUCUUCAUCAAAUUCCUAUUUAUUUGAAAAUGGUGGAUCAUUGUGUGAUUAAGGGAUAUCAGGAAGUGUGUUUGUUUAUGAGGGAAACUUGAAAAGGUUUUGUACAUAGGAUAAACAAAUGAAUAAGUGGGUUACCAUGGUAAUAAAGUAGUAAAGGUACUCAUGAAUAAUCCAGACUUUUUAAAAAGGACUUAUUCAUUCAAACAAAAGACGAACAAUGGUGAGACCAUAUCUAUCAAUGUUGUUGUGAUUUCUUGUGUGAAUUGUUCAACUCAGUUGUUGUUUUCUCUAUAUUUCUUCACAUGAUUCAAAAUGUAUUUAAAAUACUUAUAUUCGCUCAAUGUGACAAUAUGCAACAGCAAAACGGUGUGUUAAUGCAGCUGUAUUGAUCAAGGUGUAUAAUAUGUGUUUGUAUGGCGUGUUUAUGCUUACCCUGUAGGUACACAUACUAUUGAUACGGUGGAAAAGGAUUUUAAAGCACAAAGUGUCAAAAAACAUUAUGCUACUGCUUCUGUGCAGAGCUUAUAGCAACAACUACAUCAUACAUACAUAUAACCCAUCAUGUGCACAAUUAUAAUAUCAAAUGCUUCUAACUUAACUAUUUGAACAAGCACUAGUAAGGUAGCAUGUGCUGAUGACAUGCUAACCGAGGGUUGUAUAAAGUUAGAGUACUAUUUCAUUAAGUCAGAUAAUGUAUGAAUUUGCAAAUGGUAAAGUAUAUUUUGUAGUAUGUAUGCAUGUGAUUUGGACUGCUUAAUAGUGUCUAUAAAAGCACAUACAGUAAAACCAUGAUGUCAUUUUAAGGGAAUACAUUUAGGCUAGCUGUAAGUAUGUCCCUUACUCAGAGAGUGACCUAACUAUUGUUGAAAAUAUACAGUGGUUGAUUGAAUGGUGGCGUAUGACAGUUUGGGGUUUCUGUAUUCUGUUUAAAUAGGACACCAUCUCAUUGGUUAUUUUGUUCUGUUUUAUUCAAGUAUGGUACAUUGUGUUGGUACAGGCAUUUUAAAACAGAAAAGUCAAAGUUGGUACUUUUAAUUUUUUUUUAAGAAAAGUGAAUGAAUAUUGUUGUUUGGUGUUUAUUUUCAAACGAACUGAGUAAGUUGUGACUAAAUAACUAGCUAUUGCAAUGAUGAUAUCUGCAUUUGACAGUUAAACAAUAAUAUUGUCUUACUUUUCCUCCCAUUUCUCUGUUAUCUUAAUAUUGCACAUUAUUGGUGUAUGCAGAGUGAGUGAGUGGAUUUCAUUACACAUGCAUGAGCUUGAAUGAGCUUGUUGACGACAAACCAAGCGCCCAGGUUGACUGAUAUUAUAUUCACAAAUGAAAUCCAAUAAGAAGAGAAAGGACAGUUCCCACUAAAUUAGCAACAAUUGAUAGACAUGCAUUAAAGAUGAUAUACAUUUCAGAUGUCCUUUAAAGCAAGGGCCCUGCAUAUGAGGUUUUACACACAUUUUAUAGAGUGUAAUUGUCAUUUCAUUAAUGUUAAAUAGCAAAAAUAUGACCUUUUAAUGACCAUUGUUCUCCCCAACAGAUUCCAGAUUAGUUCAUGUAGCAGGAAAUGCUUUCAUUUAAACCUAAUGGUGUCUAUGCAAAUGCCAUAAAAGGCUUUUAACAAACGGUCUGUCAAAGAGGAACAUUAGUGCCAAAUCUCACAACCAAAGGUACCACACACAGACGAGCGUACGCACACACACUCAUAUAGGAGGGAGUGGGUUGUGGGGGGGAGGCAUGGAGAGAAAGUCCAUCAUAGCACCCUCUCAUUCAGCCCACUGUAAUAAUGAGACAAUACAUUCUCAACAAGCAGCAGAGAAUUCCUUACCAUUGUCUUUCAUUAUGGACGCUGUGUCCCAAAUGGCCGCCUAUUGUCUCCGUAGGUCACUACUUUUGGAAAGGGCCUAUAGGACAUUGGUCAAAUGUAUUUCACUAAUAAAUACUAUAGGUAUAGGGAAAAGGGUGCAAUUUGGGAUGCAGCCAGAGCAAGGCUUUCUUUGACAGUUAUGUGCACAUCUGUCAUAAGAUUCUAUCUGGUUUCCUGUGUAUGCAUGAAAAUAUUUUAUGACCAUAAUUCAAAAAUAUUAAAAGAUGUAUAACAA